GCGGCGUUCCCGGCGGCCUCUCUGGCAAGGGCGGAGGCAAAGGCGACGACGAGGAUGAGGCUCCUAGCCGAGAGGUGAGCACGCGGUUCUACGAGCUUUUGGGCGUGAGCAAGGAUGCCACCAGCGCGGAGAUCAAGAAGGCGUACCACCGCCAGGCCAUGCGCCUGCACCCCGACAAGGGCGGGGAUCCCGACGCGUUCAAAGAGCUCCAGAGAGCCUUCGAGGUUCUCAGCGAUGAGCAUCUAAGAAGAAGAUACGACCGCGGCGGAGAAGAGGCUCUGGAGGAGUCUGGUGCCCUCGGUGCGGCAAGCCAGGAUUUCUUCUCCCAGAUCUUCGGGGGCAAGGGCGGCGGACGCGGCCGUUCCGCGGGCCGGCCCAAGACGAAGGAUGUGGUUCGACCGAUAUGGGUCACUUUGGAGGAGCUCUAUGCCGGAGUCACGCGCCAGCUGCCCAUCGUCCGCAAGGUGCUGGAUGAGUCCGCCGGCACCUCUGCGUGUGAGGCCUGUGACGGCAAGGGCUUUGCUGUGAAGGUCAUCCGGAUGGGUCCUAUGGUCCAGCAGGUGCAGUCGAUCUGCGUGGGGUGCCGCGGCACCGGGAGCGGGGCCAAGAUGAAGAGCCGACGCGAGGUGCUGGAGGUCUUUGUGGAGAAAGGGUCCCCGGACGGCCACAAGAUCACCGUCCACGGCAAGGCGGACGAGGCGCCCGGCUGUGAGGCCGGGGAUCUGGUGGUGCUGGUGCGGCAGCAGGAGCAUCCCAAGUUCUUGCGCCGCGAGGCCGAUUUGUACCUCCAGGUUGAACUGUCCCUGGCGGAAGUGCUUGCUGGCUUCAGGCUGGCGGUGGAGCAUCUGGACGGCCGGCAGCUCUCGGUGCGGAGCAAGCCCGGGGAG